GUCGCCUCCGGGGUAGGCGUUUGGUCAUUCUUUAUCCUAACGGUAGAAUAGAAGUAACUUCUUGACUACCUAGGCCUAUGACCGAAAGACGGGCCCGGAACUACCUGGGGACCCCCCUCCCCUCUCUACAGCAUCGGGCUAGAACCUUAGAAAAGAUCAGGCAACUGAAUAUAGAAGAAGUUUCAAGCGUGGCUCUAGUCCUGUUAGGUUCGGAGUUAACCUAUUAGGCGAAGCAAGAUCAUGAAGCGGCUAGUUUUGAACUUUGUUGAUGAUCUGCUGAAACGAAGGUGGCCAAUAAAGUUCGAACUUAUACUGGCAGAGCGCGGCAAGAUCAAUGAAG